AUAUCUCUCUGAGAGGCUCAAAAGCAUCUGCUGCUUCUUUUCUAUACAAAAAGAAAGGCAAAGAGAAAAGAGAGUGUAGUAGUGCUUAAUUAUUAAGCACAAUAAUAUAAAGUAUCACUACCACACUGCAGGCUUUUUACAGUAACAAAAGCAGGAUGUUAUUUGGCAAGUGUUCAAUUUUUCUCGCACUGUUCAUUCUUUUUGCUGUGUUCCAAGAACCAGCUUUAGCCGUCAAAAAGUCUUACAUCGUUUACUUGGGAGGACAUUCUCAUGGGCCGGAAGUAACCGCUGCUGAUCUUCGCCGGGUGACGGAUUCACACAAUCAGUUGCUCGCCUCAUUCUUGGGGAGUGAAGAGAAGGCCAAGGAUGCGAUAAUUUACAACUACAAGAGGCAUAUAAAUGGUUUUGCUGCUCUUCUUGAAGAGGAAGAGGCUGCAGAGAUUGCAAAGCAUCCGCAUGUCGUCUCCGUUUUCCCGAAUCAAGCAAAGAAACUGCACACAACACAUUCAUGGGAUUUUCUUAUGCUGGAAAGGCAAGGUGUUAUUCACAAGCUUUCGGCAUGGAAGAAGGCUAGAUUCGGUGAAGAUACCAUCAUCGCAAAUCUUGAUACGGGUGUUUGGCCUGAAUCAAAGAGCUUUAGUGGCGAAGGAUAUGGACCCAUUCCAUCAAAGUGGAAAGGAAUCUGUCAGUUUGAUGACAAGGCCGGACCCCUUUGCAAUAGGAAACUAAUUGGAGCUAGGUACUUUAACAAAGGGUUUCAAGCUUAUUCAGGAAAACUUAACUCUUCGUACAACACUCCACGUGACACAGACGGGCAUGGCAGUCACACACUGUCGACUGCUGCGGGAAACUUUGUUCCUGGAGCAAGUGUUUUUGGUGUGGGAAAUGGAACAGCAAAGGGAGGUUCACCAAGAGCCCGAGUGGCUGCUUACAAAGUGUGCUGGCCUCCAAUCAAUGGCAGUGAAUGCUUUGAUGCUGAUAUCGUCAAAGCAUUUGAUACAGCAAUACACGAUGGUGUUGAUGUGCUCUCGGUGUCUUUAGGUGGCGCAGCUGUCCCAUACUCUAUGGACGGUCUUGCUAUUGCUGCGUUUCAUGCAGUAAAGAAGGGAGUAGUAGUUGUGGCCUCUGCUGGAAAUUCAGGGCCGUUUCCAGGAUCUGUUUCUAAUGUUGCGCCAUGGAUCAUUACUGUAGGAGCAAGUACCAUUGACCGUCAGUUCGAAGCUAAUGUUCAGUUAAAAAAUGGCUCGAUGCUACAGGGUACGAGCCUCUCUGCACCAUUACCGAACCAAAAACUGUAUCCUUUGAUCAGUGCCGAACAUGCUAGAGCUGGCAACGUAUCUGCAUUUGACGCGAUACUCUGCUUGAAUAAUACAUUAGACUCUAAGAAGGCCAAGGGGAAAAUUGUUGUUUGCUUAAGAGGUGAAAAUGCAAGAGUCGAGAAGGGGCAUGAGGCUUAUCGUGCUGGCGCUGCUGGAAUGAUUCUUUGCAACGACGCAGAAAGUGGUAAUGAGAUAAUAGCCGACCCUCACAUUCUUCCUGCCACUCAUAUCAAUUUCACAGAUGGCCGCAUUGUCUUUGAUUAUCUCAAGACUGCCCGCAAUCCACAAGGGUUAAUCACGACUCCAAAGGCAGAGUAUGGCAUAAAGCCGGCUCCAUUUAUGGCGUCUUUCUCUUCCAGGGGCCCGAAUAUGGUUACACCUGAGAUUCUUAAGCCUGAUGUUACAGCUCCAGGAGUAAACAUCAUCGCUGCCUACAGCGAGGCAGUGAGCCCAACCGGCGCAUUCGACGUGAGAAAAACUCCAUUCAAUACAGAAUCUGGAACGUCCAUGUCCUGUCCCCAUGUUUCUGGUGUAGCGGGCCUGAUCAAGACCCGCCACCCUGAUUGGAGCCCGGCUGCCAUCAGAUCAGCAAUCAUGACAACAGCAAGAAUAAGAGACAACACCGUGAACUCAAUGCGCGACGCGGAUUACCAAGCGGCCACACCCUUCGCAUACGGGUCCGGCCAUAUCCGACCCAACCGUGCCUUAGAUCCUGGACUGGUCUACGACCUGACUGUGAAUGACUACUUGGACUUCCUCUGUGGGAUCGGGUACAGCCAAAGACAAAUCAGUCAAGUCGCCGGUAUCCAUUACCAUAAAUGCCCGGAAAAUUACAGUAUGUUGAACUUCAACAACCCAUCCAUUACCGUGCUGAAUGUAAGAGGAACCGUUAAUGUGACAAGAACCGUGAAGCUUGUGGGCAAACCCGGAAUCUACGCAUCUCGUGUUCGUGCGCCAUUUGGAUAUUCACUUGCGGUGGAGCCCCGACUUCUGCAGUUUGAGAAAACCGGGGAAGAGAAGAGCUUUCAGUUGAGUAUAACAGUAAAGAGGGCUACAACUGUAUACGGGUUCGGGGAAUUGGUAUGGUCGGAUUCGACCCACUACGUGCGGAGUCCGAUAGUGCUGUCUGCUGCAGAUCCCUGAGACUGUCUAAUUAUGAAUCUGUUUUCUUGGUGGGUAAAUAAAUGGAAUAAAUCCGUAGGGUUAGAUUUCUAUUUAUUUAUUUCGGUUAUUCUUUAUUGGGUGGUAAUAUUUGGAUUGGUUUAAAUGUAAUUAUUUUUAUCCUGCUGUUAA